UGAUUUCAUUCUGGUGUAGAGAAACGGCAUGUAGGCAUCACUAAGCGCUUGUGUGAAACAAACCGCUCGCUUAGUUUGCUAAGGGCCGAAAACUUGGAUAAACUUUCUCUGGAUUCUACAUUCCUCUCUGCUAAGGAACUAUCCAGCAAUCCAUCAUACCACUGACAAAAAUCUAAAGAGAUACAGGUUAGCAUGAUGGAACGGGACGGCCCGCAGGAGAGGAGCUCAGAACUGGGAGAGGAGAUGACAGAAGAGAGAUUCCUCAAAGACCUCUACCUCUUUAUGAAACAGAGAGACACACCAAUUGAGAGAAUACCUCAUCUCGGCUUCAAACAAAUUGAUAUGUUCCUAAUGUACAAGACAGUAAAGGAGCUAGGAGGCUAUCAACAGGUUACUACACAGCAGUUGUGGAAGAAAGUUUACAACAUACUUGGAGGAAACCCACGCAGCACCAGUGCAGCCACCUGCACUCGCAGACACUAUGAAAAGCUACUUCUACCUUUUGAGUGUCACCAAAGUGGAUACAGGGACGAUAUUGUCUUCAGGACGCCUCGAUUACAAAAGCACUUCCACCCCAGCAGUUUCAACGACUUUGAGCAUGAAUACCCCAGGACUGGCAAACGGGCAGAUUUCCGACACCUCCCGGCAUUCCCUCAGGCCUCUCCGCACAUGUUAACGGAGCAUCAGAGACCGAUUUUUAACAUGCCUUUGAAUGUUGCUCCAUACUUCCCACACGAAAGUACAUCUUUACACAAUUAUAUCGCUCUUCGGGAAUCUACGCGGCCCCACCUAAGCUUCAGUCCUUCUCAAGACCUUCCCCGAAGGCCUGUCUCAUACUUGGGCACGUCCUCUGUGGAUGUUCAGGUCUGCGAUCAGUCACUUGAUAGGCUACGCCACCUGGCUAAAGAGUACAAGUCAUCAACCGGUUUGGAGGAACCCCUUAACCUCAGUCGGAAAGAAAACAGUCUUGAGACACUGAGUGACACACCAUCAUCUUUCGGCCCACCUCCCUCUAAAAAGCCCAAGUUCCUCAACGAAGCCUCCCCUCUUUACCCUCCAAGGGGUUUGACGACCGAAGAAGGAGCAGAACAAGGGGAAGAAACUUCCUCAGGAGAAGGAGAGCCAGGGAAUGUCCGAGCAGGACCGAGCCCAGUGAUGGCUGAGGUCAUUGAUCUCACAUCCUCUUCCAGUGCCAAUCCAGUCCCACGUAGAGCAAGUCCUCCUUCAGUGAAUCUUUUCAAUCGUAGAGUGAACUACUCCGAAGCGUUCUCUAUGAAAGCACGGGAACGAGACCAAUACACGGACUGGUUGAAGGAAGAGUCUUCUGCUGCACCAACACCUAAGUUAGGAGGGAUCUUAAACCAAAGCAGUACCCUUGGACACCCACCCCUGGAUACCAACGGCAAAAUGGAGAUCCAGAUUCCUCUAAAGCUUCUAAAUGAGCUCAUUAGGAGAGGACUGGUUUCCAACCAGGCAUUAACGGGAAACGGACCUGUUUCUCAAUGCCCAACCAAAGCUGAAGCACAACCUGAGCACAAGUUAUACAUGCGAUCACGCUCAGAUACAUCCGAGAGUCCCACCACAUGCGAGGAGCCAACCAAUUUGAGACUGAAGAGCCCUUUUAGAAACCUUUCUGAUACUAUCCCUCAAGAUAACGGUAUAAAGAAGCACCAACUCCUCUGCGGCAAUGGCAUCUCAGCAGAAUCAAAGGUCCAGAUGAUGAGCUCUUAUUAUGUAAACAACUCUCUCAAGCACUCUAUGGACAGGGAUAUACACAAGCCCUCUCAACCUAAACAGGCACAAGUUCCUAUGACAUACAACCAUGAAAGCAUGAACCCCAGACCCCGCAGUUACAGUGAAGACACUCCACUCUCUUUGACCAUGAAACCUGGAAGAAAGCCAGAGAAAGUGAUGGCAACAUCUCACAUUGCGACAAAGGAUAUCUUGACUUCACCAGCUUUGACAUCAGACCACCUCAAAUUCCUUCUGGCAAACCUGCCCUAUAGACUGGAAAGGGGGCAGACAUUUUAAGAAUUUGCCGUUUUUCACCUAGGCCAAUGUCUUAAUCUUGCCAAAUCAGACUCUUGCGUUGCAUAACUCUAGGAUUUCUGAAAAGAUGAACUGAAAAGAGAAAUGUUGAGGAUGGACUUGACGGAUGUUUUUCAGUGAUUAAACCUUUUGUAUAAAAUG